AUGAAUGUUCCUCUUUGCCUUCUGACCUUCGCUCACUUGAUUUGCGCGGCCGCCGGAGCACAGCACGUCUCUCUGGAGAGAGAACAUCUUAAGGAGGGGAUCACUUCGGGGCGCAGAACUUGCAGACUCUACUGUAGGGUUGGCAUCGGCUUCCACCUCCAGAUUCAUCCCGACGGCAGAGUCAACGGCAGCCAUGAAUCCAACCAACUGAGUGUCCUGGAGCUCUUUGCGGUUUCUCAGGGGGUAAUCGGCAUCAAAGGGGUCUACAGUAACAGAUUCCUGGCCAUGAAUAAAAGAGGACGGCUUCAUGCGACUGAAUGGUUCACAGAUGACUGUAAGUUCAGGGAGCGGUUCCAAGAGAACAGCUACAACACUUACGCCUCAGUGAUCCACAGGAACCACAGGACUGGUCGCGAGUGGUUCGUGGCCCUCAAUAAGAGAGGGAAAGCUAAAAUGGGUUCCAGCCCCCGGGUCAAGUCCCAGCAUGUCUCUACUCACUUCUUGCCCAGGGUCAGUCUGCACGAUAGGAGUGAGAGAGGCUUCACCAUCGCAGACAGACGCAAAGAGAGGAGGAAAACCCCACCGCCCAAAACACCUCUCACAAAGGCUAACAUUCAUGCAGGAACAGCACCGAGGCGUACCCAGAUCAAGUACUGGCCCAAGUACCGGUUUGGAUAGAGGUCACAGGG